CUCAUUGAUCAGUCCAUUGCUUACACUCGAGACGAUGCCCUCAAACACGUGCCGAUCGGUUGUCGUAGAGAUGACUGCAUUAAGUGAUCAUAAUUUGCUACUAAUUGGCAAAACACUGCGCGAAACAAUGGUUACGAUUACCAAAGCGUUGGCCGCCAAUCGUCAGCCGCCGAUGGCGUACGCGAUGUUGGACGCCAUCGAUGGCCCGAAGGCUAUAUCAGUGGUUCCCGUGACACACAUCCGGUCGCAGUUUUUUCGAUAUAAAUACGGCGAUAAAGUGUCGUCUUUAGCAAACUUCAGACACGACCAGACAUCGGAAGUGAUGGCCGAUGUGUGCGAUAGUAUUGAGCGGACAAUUAAACACAUAAAGGAAUCGGUGGUUAAUAUCUCGAGGAAUAAUGUCCUACAUUUGGAGUUGACGUACGUCUGCGGCCGACAUCGAGAUCAAGUACUGCAAGACUUCACUGCAUUAUUAGCUGAUAAGCGCAUCGAUCUAUCAUUUUUAUCAUUCUUAAUAUCGUGUGCAUUGAACCCAAUGUUGAGACCAUAACCAGUCGUAAACCAAUCGGUCGGUCAUUAGUUCCAGUGGUGGCCAACAAACGGACAAACUUUAAAAUUCCGCCCGAAAUGGUUGUAUUGGAUGCGAUAA